CCUAAUAGUAAAUUUACAAGGCCUGAAGUAACAGGUAUUUUAAAAAAAUUUGGUACAUGUAAUGUGUAUUAUAAUAGAAAAAAAGGUCUUCAAAAUGCCAAAAAAAGGCAAUUAGAAAUUGAAAAAAAUAUAAAUUAUGAAGAUAUUGACCAAACUCAAGAAAAUGAAAAUAAUUUAGAACUAAUUGAGCCAACAGACCUUUGUAGUUAUAUUAUUGAACAUUUAAAUAUACAUUUAUUUCAGUCUAAUGAUGAUUUGAAAAUAUGUUUCAUUUCAUUUUCAAUGUGCUAUUGA